CUCACCCCCCUCCCCACCACCACCCCCCACCCCCAUCAACGCCUGCUCCAUCACCACCAAGUGCCUGACCUCGCCUGUGAACCUGGUCCCCCUGGUCCCAUGGGAGUCUACAGCCACAGGGACAUGCCAACACCCAACCACAUGCACCCUGCCCCGCCCCCGCAUCAACCAAUGCCUGAGGGUAUGGGAAUGCACCCUUCAGGGGCUCGGAACUCUUGUGCUAUGAGUGUCAACACGGUGCCCCCUCACACGGAAGUAGUCGUGCAGACAAACCAAAGUGGUGGCCACACAUCUGGUGCAGCUGGCCCAACACCGCCCCAGCAUCAACACCUGCACCACCAUCUUCACCACUACCACCUGAACCCAACAACUCGAGGAGGGGCUGCCCACAACCCGUGCUGGCCCAUCAGGGUACCGUCAUUUCUUAUGCCUCCUAUGCCAGAAAUGCCACCUUUCCCCCCAUUUCCUGCAUUUCCACGGUUACCAAGAAAUAUGCAAAUGAGGCUUGGUGGUAUGGUGUACCAUGGACCUAUUGUUGAGUUUAACUUUGAUGGGCGUGGAGGAAAUGUAAAUUGUGGAGCAUCACCAGCAGUCAUUGAACAAAACACCCUGCCACACAAAUACAGGAAGAUGAAGCGGUGUAGUGACAGUGAAAACCCUGAUGAAGAUGGUCCUGAGAAGUGCACCAUCUGCUUGUGUGAGUUUGAAGAAGGAGAAGAUGUCAGACGACUGCCCUGCAUGCAUCUAUUCCACAUUGAGUGUGUGGACCAGUGGCUGUCCACCAACAAGAAGUGCCCUAUCUGCCGUGUGGACAUCGAGGCUGGAUCCAAGGAUCAGAUAUCUCUAGAAUGACAACAACUUCAACACCACCAGCAUGCUGCAACAUCAUGGUUCCUUGUUUGAUCAGGACUAUUUGAACUUGAAGAUUUUGUGUUCUUUAGCAACAGAAUGAUGUACACACAGCUUCAACAAUGCAACACCUUUUUCACUGUAUGUAACUGUGUGGCUUGUUGUGUGUCAUUUCGGGAACUGUCUGUUUAUUUGUCUUGAAGGAUGAUAUAAUUGUUGGUAAUAUAUUUGCCUAGUGGCCAGAUUGUUAAAGUAACUAUUUUUGUCACAGACGAAAGUGUAGUGUCUUCAAAUUGAUGGAAUUGUACAGACAUCUGUUUUGCAGAUACUUUUACUCAUUUUAACCCCGUUACUGACAUCCUCAGUGCUUAGUGAAUAUUUAUUCCUUCUUACGUUUUGAGUUAUGUGGAGCACGCAAAUAGAGGUAUAUUUUUUGUUGUUGACAAUAUUGUGUUGAGUUUGAUUUUAGUUUGAAAGUUUGAGUGUCUCGCAGAAUCCAGCCUGAUGUUGCUGGGGUAGGAGGAGAAUGAUGUGAUCUUCGUCUCUAUGCAAGUCGUAGUUCAUGCAACGGGAAUGUCAGAUGAUAUCAACAGCUGUGUUAUAACAUAGGCAGGUGUAAUCAUGGUCUUGUCCCAGAUUGAAUUUCUGGAAGAACAAACUAUUUUUAUAGAUUCUGGGCCCUUAUUAUCGAAACGUUCGCAGCGCCAAGAAUUCUUAACUUUGAUCGUAGCCAAUGUGUUAAGAAUGGGCUUAAGAAGUUCAUAAGGCUAUGAAAGUUUCGAGAAUAGCUAGACUGGACAGAAAAUAUAGAUAAUGUUUAGAAAAGUCUUAAAUGAAAGUAUGCUUUUUUCUCCAAUAUUCUUGACGGAAAUUCUAGAACCUAAUUCACUAGUGUUCCUUACACCACCACCCUGGAGGAAGUCCAUGCAGAUUUUGAUGUUACCCUAACUAGAGCUGCUGUUUCAGUCCUUUUGACCUGCAAUUUUGACCAUUAAUGUUUUAGGGGUCUUGUAAUCCAGUUAGCCAUAGUUUUCUGUGCAGAGUUACAUCGCAUGGGGGUACCAGAAUCUUCUGGGUUCAAAUCCAAGAUUUUACUAAUGGUGGUUAUUGCUGUAUCGUACCAGGGUAUUACCUCGACUCACAAACAUGGGGGUCCCAGGGAAUCCUAACUAUUCAUUUUAAGGGUCCUUGCUGGCAAAACGAGGGUCCUGUGAAGUAACAGUGUAGAGAACUGUACCUUUUGAUAAUUUCCUUAGAGCCUGGAAUGAAUCAUUGAUCAUGUGGACCGAUGGAUGAAAUGAUGCACGUAACUGCUCAGAAACAAACAAACAAACGCUUGGCAAAGUCAUAGAUGUGUUAUUGGUACAAUAAACAAUAAUGUCGUCCGUCUUGAUGCAGUGAAUUCUUUGUCUGCGUCCAUUCUCUACAUUUGGGUGUACAGGAGGCACAUUUGUGUGUCGCGUAAAACCUUGUUGUACACAUGGGUCAUGAGUGGAGUCCACUACAAGCCCAGCAUCAUGUCAGUCUCACAUCAAGCUGACACAUCGUGUUAUAAAGGUAAUACUUGUCCAAGCAUUGCUGGGGGACAGGGUGGCCCUGUCAUCUAAGGCACUCCACUUUGCUGUACAGAGUUGCGGCCCUUGGGCGUGCCAGAAGCCGAUGAUCAUGGGUGCAAAUCCCCCUCAGUUCUGUAUGCAGGUUUGGCAGCACCAUUGCUGUGCAUUUCUUCCAUCAUUAGCUGACAUGCCAUGAUGCAGAGAUGCCGCCCAUACAAUUUUAUCAUGUUCAUUAC